ACCCAGGGCUCAGCCUGUGGGCUCGCGCACCCGCGGAGCGGGGAGCGUGCGCGCGCGCUCUCCCUCCCCGCCCCGCCCGCCGCCACCCCGCCCCCGGCCGGGUACCCUCGCCGGACCCGAGAGAGAGCGCCGCCGCCAUCUUAGCCGCCGCCGCCUCCAGCGCAGCGCUGCCGACGAGGGGAGGGCGCGCGCGGCCCAGCAGCACGGCGGCUGCCGUUCCCAUCCCGGUGCUCGCCGCGCCGCCCAGCCGCCGGCCCCCGGCUGCCCGCGCCCCUCUCGGCGUCCCGCGCGACUCCCUGCUGCUUCCGCGUCGGGCCGGCCGUGGCGCCCCGAGCCCGAGCGAUGCUGCGCCGCCCUGCGCCCGCGCUGGCCCCGGCCGUCCGGCUGCUGCUGGCGGGGCUGCUGUGCGGCGGCGGGGUCUGGGCCGCGCGAGUUAACAAGCACAAGCCAUGGCUCGAGCCCACCUACCAUGGGAUAGUCACCGAGAACGAUAACACGGUGCUGCUCGACCCUCCCCUCAUCGCCCUGGAUAAAGAUUCACCGCUCCGCUUUGCAGGUGAGAUUUGUGGCUUUAAAAUUCACGGGCAGAAUGUCCCCUUUGAUGCCGUGGUAGUGGAUAAGUCCACGGGUGAGGGAAUAAUCCGGUCAAAAGAGAAACUGGACUGUGAACUACAGAAAGACUACACAUUCACCAUCCAGGCCUACGACUGCGGGAAGGGCCCCGAUGGCACCGGUGUGAAAAAGUCUCACAAAGCGACCGUGCACAUCCAGGUGAACGACGUGAACGAGUACGCCCCCGUGUUCAAGGAGAAGUCGUACAAGGCGGCCGUGGUGGAGGGCAAGCAGCACAGCAGCAUCCUCAGGGUGGAGGCUGUGGACGCAGACUGCUCCCCGCAGUUCAGCCAGAUCUGCAGCUACGAGAUUCUCACCCCAGACGUGCCGUUCACUGUGGACAAAGACGGUUAUAUUAAGAACACAGAGAAGCUAAACUAUGGCAAAGAGCAUCAGUAUAAGCUCACAGUCACAGCCUACGACUGUGGGAAGAAAAGAGCCACCGAGGACGUCCUAGUGAAGAUAAGCGUCAAGCCCACCUGCAGCCCCGGGUGGCAAGGCUGGAGCAGCAGAAUUGAGUAUGAGCCCGGCACGGGUGCUUUGGCUGUCUUCCCGAGCAUCCACUUGGAGACCUGUGACGAGCCUGUCGCCUCUGUGCAGGCCACGGUGGAGCUGGAGACCAGCCACAUAGGGAAAGGCUGCGACCGAGAUACCUACUCUGAGAAGUCCCUUCACCGGCUCUGUGGGGCUGCUGCCGGCACCUCAGAGCUGCUCCCGUCCCCCAGUAGCUCCUUCAACUGGACUGUGGGCCUCCCCACCGACAACGGCCAUGACAGUGACCAGGUCUUUGAGUUCAACGGCACGCAGGCCGUGAGGAUUCCAGACGGCGUUGUGACCCUUGACCCUAAAGAACCCUUUACAAUCUCCGUGUGGAUGCGGCAUGGGCCGUUUGGCCGGAAGAAGGAGACAAUUCUCUGCAGUUCGGAUAAGACAGAUAUGAACCGACACCAUUAUUCGCUCUACGUCCACGGGUGCAGGCUAGUUUUCCUCCUCCGUCAGGACCCGUCUGAGGAGAAGAAAUACAGGCCUGCGGAGUUCCACUGGAAGCUGAACCAAGUCUGUGAUGAGGACUGGCACCACUUUGUCCUCAAUGUGGAAGUUCCAAGUGUGACUCUCUACGUGGACGGCAUCCCUCAUGAGCCCUUCUCUGUGACAGAGGACUACCCGCUUCAUCCAACCAAAAUAGAGACUCAGCUUGUGGUCGGAGCUUGCUGGCAAGGUGGCGACCUGCACAUGACACAGUUUUUCCGAGGUAACCUGGCUGGCCUCACAGUCCGUUCUGGGAAACUGGCGGAUAAGAAGGUGAUUGACUGUCUCUACACCUGCAAGGAGGGGCUGGACCUGCAGGUCCCUGAAGAUGCCAACAGAGGCGUGCAGAUCCAAGCAAGCUCCAGCCAGGCGGUCUUGACCUUGGAGGGAGACAACGUUGGAGAGCUGGAUAAGGCUAUGCAGCACAUUUCCUACCUUAACUCAAGGCAGUUCCCCACACCAGGCAUCCGCAGGCUCAAAAUCACCAGCACCGUCAAGUGUUUCAACGAGGCGGCUUGCAUCGAGGUGCCCCCGGUGGAAGGCUACGUGAUGGUUUUGCAGCCGGAGGAGCCUAAGAUCAGCCUGAGUGGCGUCCACCACUUUGCCCGCGCAGCUUCUGAGUUUGAGAGCGCGGAGGGUAUUUCCCUCUUCCCUGAGCUGAGAAUCAUCAGCACCAUCACCAGAGAGGUGGAGCCCGAGGCAGAUGGGUCCGAGGACCCCACAGUGCAAGAAUCCCUGGUGUCAGAGGAAAUUGUGCAUGACCUGGACACCUGUGAGGUCACAGUGGAAGGGGAUGAGCUGAACGCAGAGCAGGAGAGCCUGGAGGUAGACGUGACCCGCCUCCAGCAGAAGGGCAUCGAAGCAAGCCACUCUGACCUGGGUGUGGUCUUCACAGGCGUGGAGACCAUGGCAAGCUACGAGGAGGUUUUGCACCUCCUUCGCUAUCGGAAUUGGCACACCAGGUCCCUGCUGGAUCGCAAGUUCAAGCUCAUUUGCUCAGAACUAAAUGGUCGCUACCUCAGCAAUGAGUUCAAGGUGGAGGUGAAUGUGAUCCACACAGCCAACCCCGUGGAACAUGCCAACCACAUGGCUGCCCAGCCACAGUUCGUCCACCCUGAACAUCGAUCCUUUGUGGACCUGUCUGGUCACAACCUGGCCAAUCCUCACCCGUUUGCAGUUGUCCCCAGCACGGCGACAGUGGUGAUUGUGGUGUGUGUCAGCUUCCUGGUUUUCAUGAUCAUCCUGGGGGUGUUUCGGAUCCGGGCUGCACAUCAGCGAACGAUGCGGGACCAGGACACGGGGAAGGAGAAUGAGAUGGACUGGGAUGACUCUGCCUUGACCAUCACCGUCAACCCCAUGGAGACAUAUGAGGACCAGCACAGCAGUGAGGAGGAGGAAGAGGAGGAGGAGGAGGAGGAGAGCGAAGAUGGGGAGGAAGAGGAAGACAUCACCAGUGCCGAGUCUGAGAGCAGUGAGGAGGAGGAAGGAGGCCCCGGAGACGGCCAGAAUGCCACCCGACAGCUGGAAUGGGAUGACUCCACACUCAGCUACUAAACCCGCACUCAGCGCCUGCUCUCCAGACUCUCUCCCAGCCCCACGGGUCCACGAUGUACAAAAUCAUUUUGACCAGCAGGUCUGCAGACCCUUCCCCCACUGCUCAAAGUCCUCCCGUGCUUGGUGUGUGGGACCACCGGCUCCACCCUCCCCGCCCAUCACCAUUGCAGUUUUGCUAGAAGCUGGCGCUUCCUCCCCAGGGCAGGGGCCCCACAGCACCUCAGACCCCAAGUGUGUCUGGAGUUCCCUGUCGGCCAGGGAGAGGACACCAGCACCUGGGACCUCCAGAGAAGCCGCACUGAGCGGACUUGUCGACAGAGGGUGAAAAAUUACUCCCACGCAGUCAGUAACCAUUUCUCUUAUUUUUAAAAGUUUUUUUAUUUUUUUUUCCCAAACUAGUGCAUGUAUAAAGUGGGAGAGCAGAGGGGGUUAAUAUGUAGAUGGCCAACCGACUUUUUAAUAUUUUGUAAAUAAAUUGGGAUUCUGUGUGUCCUCUGUGCUAGUAGUCCAGGACAGGAAUGUAAAGUCAGAAUGCGGGGCCAGGAGGGCCUCUUCCUCCCUCUUCCCUCCCAAGAAACCAGGUUGGAGAGGCCCAAGUCACUGGGGCCCACCCUUGCUAGGGUUUCCGUACAGCCACGUGGCCGGGGCCAUGGCUUUCAAGUGCUGUCUGGGGGGGCCAGCCCCACGAGCCUCCAACCACAUUAGAGGCUGGGAACAGCCAGGAUGUUGCCAAAGCCCCUGGCCUUUCCUGUACACGCCUGUGACUGGCAGCCACAUGGUUUCUGCUUAUUAACGUGAGCCUCCCUGUUGGUGAAAUGGUGUAGCUGGGAACGGACAGCAAAGGUGCAGGCGGUCAGGCUCCUCGCUUGGAAGACCACGGUUCUGAGCAAGUCUGCACAACAGCACCAAAAGGAGACCCCGAGGCCCAAAGAUAAACUGCUACAAUGCUCCAGAACAAUCUUUUCUCUCCUCCCCAGAGGCCCCAUGGGAUGCCGCGUGCUGUUGGGUUUGGGCUAAGAUCUAAGACCCAGCAGAUAGGAGACAGCAGGUACCACCCACACAGCACAGCUCUUCAUUCACAGUCAAGAGUUUAGACUGCUCCAGCUGGGACAUCCAGUCCUCGCUGCUGUUGCUGCUAGUUCGAAGGAUGCCGCCGUGCUGUCUGUGGCCGCCCUCCCAUGUCCUGUCCCCUGUAGCUGCUUUCUUAGAUGGAAACAGGCUAACGAAGAGAGGGACACUGUCGUGUCAGUAGCCGCAGGGUCCCCUUUAAGAUGUGUAUAUCGACACUAGGUCAGAAAGUGUAUGCGUUAUAAUAAAGUUCUGGUUCUAA